AUGCGUUCUUUUUUCAUUGUUUCUUUCUGUCUUUCUUAUUAUGUAUGUUUUACUGCUUUUAGUUUUCUUUCUGUAUUUCAUUCUUAUGAUGUAUUCGUUCUUUCUUUCUUUCAUGCCUUCUUUCAUUCUUUCAUUCCUUCUUUCAUUCUUUCUUUCUUUCGUUCUUUCUUUCUUUCUUUCUUUCUUUCUUUCAUUCUUUCAUUCUUUUCUUCUUUUCGUUCUUUUCUUUCUUUCUUUCUUUCUUUUUCUUUCUUUUUUCUUGCUUUUUUCCUUCUUUUCAUUCUUUCAUUCUUCUUUCUUUCUUUUUCAUUCUUUCUUUCUUUUCAUUCUUUUUUCUUUCUUUUUUUUCUUUUUCUUUCAUUCUUUUUCAUUCUUUUUUCUUUCGUUCUUUUCUUUCUUUCUUUUCUUUCUUUCAUUCCUUCUUUUCUUUCUUUCAUUCCUUCUUUCAUUCUUUCAUUCCUUCUUUCAUUCUUUCUUUCUUUCGUUCUUUCUUUCUUUCUUUCUUUUUUUCGUUCUUUCUUUCUUUCGUUCUUUCUUUCAUUCUUUCUUUCUUUCGUUCUUUCUUUCUUUCUUUCUUAUUAUGUAUAUUCUUUCCUUCUUUCUGUAUUUCAUUCUUAUUAUGUAUUUGUUUCUUCUUUCUUUCUUUUGUUCUUUCUUUCUUUCUUUCUUAUUAUGUAUGUUUUACUGCUUUCAUUUUUUUCUUUCUGCAUGUCUUUCUUGUUAUGUAUGUUUUGUUUUUGUUUCUUUCUUUCUUUCUUUCUUUUUUUCUUUCUUUCUUCCUGUGUUUAUUUAUUAUGUAUGCUUCCUUUCUUUUUCUUUCAUCCUUUCUUUCUUUUUAUGUAUAUUCUUUCCUUCUUUCUGCAUUUCAUCCAUCCUUUCUUUCCGUAG